UCUGCAGAAUAAGUCAGAGGUACCGUGACAGCUUCCUGCUCCCCACACCCACUCCCCUCCUCCUGUAGGAAACCACUCUGUGCUUAUAUACACACAGCAGCCAUAGGGUGUACCAGUUUCCGUGUCUGUCAUACAUACGCCUAGCUCUGCAAACAGGACUGAACAAUGGAUUCCCUUAGUGCAGCGAAUGGCACCUUUGCUAUCAAUUUCUUUGCCAAACUAAAUGAAAGUAAUAAAACUGGCAAUAUAUUUGUGUCUCCUCUGAGUAUUUCAUCUGCUCUGGCCAUGGUGCUUCUGGGUGCCAAAGGGAACACUGCUACUCAAAUGUCUCAGGUUCUCAAAUUUGAUAAAUUAGAUGGUGCCCACUGUAACUUCCAAUCACUUAUAUCUGAGAUCAACAAGCCAGGCACUAAUUACCUGUUAAGGACUGCCAACCGACUGUAUGGGGAGAAGUCAUAUACAUUCCUUGAGGAAUUCCUCGGAUCAACUCAGAAACAUUACCAUGCAGACCUCAGAGCAGUAGAUUUUUGUAAGAAGGCAGAGGAAUCCAGAGGUGAAAUCAAUGAGUGGGUGGCACAAAAAACCGAAGGAAAAAUAAAUGACCUCUUGCCUGUUGGUGCUGUGGAUUCACUCACUAGAUUAGUUCUUGUGAAUGCAAUUUACUUUAAAGGAAACUGGGCAAAUAAAUUUAAUCCGGAGCAUACUCACGAAAUGCCAUUCCGGCUCAAUAAGAAUGAAACCAAGCCUGUGCAGAUGAUGUACAAAAAGGCAAAGUUCCCAAUGACCUAUGUAGGAGAAUUGUUCACCAAGGUUAUAGAAAUACCCUAUGUUGACAAUGAACUGUCUAUGAUUAUAUUGCUCCCUGAUGAUAUUAAUGACGGCACCACGGGAUUGGAAAAGCUUGAAAAGGAAUUAACCUAUGAGAAGUUUUUGCAAUGGACAAAUCCUGAGAUGAUGGAUAUUACAGAAAUGGAACUGUCAUUACCUAAAUUUAAGCUGGAGGAUGAUUAUGAUCUAGAAUCACUUCUUAGUAAAAUGGGAAUGUCUGAUGCCUUUGACCAGGGAAGGGCAGACUUCUCUGGAAUGAGUGGAUGCAACGACCUAUUUCUGUCUAAAGUGGUGCACAAAUCCUUUGUUGAAGUGAAUGAGGAGGGGACAGAGGCUGCAGCAGCUACUGCAGCUGUAGUGAUGCUUCGUUGUGCUAGAAUUACCACCAGAUUCACUUGUAAUCAUCCGUUCCUUUUCUUUAUCAUGCAUAAGCAAACCCGCAGCAUUCUGUUCUUUGGCAGAUUCUCUUCACCUUAAAGAACAGUUUGCGAUUUAUAUGUUGCUUCAUGUUCUCUUCUAUACAGGCACUAUGAAUAAACUUAAGAACAUGGUAAAUGCUUUUGCUCAAAAGUACUUACUUAUUAACGCAACUAAAAACGUAAGACAUUUUACUCUAAUGGUGACAUGAUCUUAUUUAAUUAUACCUUGAAUUUGGUCAGUUAGACUUGUAGUGGGUUAUUUACUAAACAUUUCACGAAACUUUUUUUUUUUAAAUAAACUCUGACUUUUUAAAAAUCA